AUGGCUGCGGCAACGAUGGUCAGCUCGGCUGGUGGGCUGCUUUCAAUGCUGAAUGAAAACCAUCCGGCGCUCAAGUUACACGCGCUCUCAAAUCUUAACGCUUUUGUUCACUACUUCUGGCCGGAGAUCUCGGAUUCUCUGAAUAUUAUAGAAAGCUUGUAUGAAGAUGAAGAGUUUGAACAGCGGCAGCUUGCUGCUUUGCUCGUGUCAAAGGUUUUCUACUAUUUGGGUGAACUUAGUGACUCAUUGACAUAUGCCUUGGGGGCCGGUUCACUAUUUGAUAUAACUGAAGAUUCUGAUUACGUUCAUACUCUGCUUGCCAGAGCAAUUGAUGAAUAUGCCAGUCUCAAGACCAAAGCAGAUGAGGCAAACAAGUCAGCAGUGAUUGAUCCUAGACUGGAAGUAAUUGUUGAGAGAAUGCUUGAUAAGUGUAGAAUAGAUGGAAAAUGUCAACAAGCAAUAGGAAUGGCCAUUGAGUGCAGACGAAUGGAUAUACUUGAGGAAACUGUUUUUAACAGUGAUAAUGUUGAUGUUCAUUUUAUUAUGAGAUAUUGCAUUGAUAUCUGUCACUCAUUUGUCAACAACAGAACAUAUCGGCGUGAGGUUAUCCGUGUUCUUAUCAAGGACUAUGAGUAUCAUCCAUCCCCUGAUUAUCUGUGUCUUUGUCAGGGCCUUAUGUUUUUAGAUGAUCACGAAUCUGUUGCUAGCAUAUUCGAGAAACUUUUGCUAUCAGAAAAUGUGGACGAUGCACUAUUGGCAUUUCAAAUAGCCUUUGAUCUUGUGGAGAAUGAGAACCAAGCCUUCCUUCUGAAGGUGAUGGAUCAGCUUCCUAGUUUCAACAUACAGUCUUCAGAACCUCUGCAAUCGUUGGGGUCUGCUCAGCCAGAUUCUUCAGCCAGUGGGUCGGGGUCUGCUCAGCCAGAUUCUUCAGCCAGUGGAAUUGUCCCAACAUCAGAGGAUGCUCAAAUGACCGAUGGAGCUCAAGCAGACAGAAACACAACGCUUAUUGAUACAAGGGAAGCAGUAUAUGAUGAGAGACUGGAAAAGCUUGAAGGAAUUUUGUCUGGGCAGACUUCAAUACAAUUGACUUUACAAUUCUUGUACAGUCAUAACAAAUCAGAUCUUCUCAUUCUUAAGACGAUAAAGCAAUCUGUUGACAUGAGAAAUAGUGUAUGCCAUAGUGCAACAAUAUUUGCGAAUGCCAUUAUGCAUGCUGGAACAACUGUCGAUACUUUUCUUAGGGAUAAUCUGGAUUGGCUGAGUAGGGCUACAAAUUGGGCUAAAUUUAGUGCAACAGCAGGACUUGGUGUCAUACACAGAGGCCAUCUGCAGCAAGGAAGAUCUCUCAUGGCACCUUACUUGCCACAAGGUGGGGCUGCUGGCAGUCCAUACUCUGAAGGUGGAGCUCUGUAUGCUCUUGGUUUGAUUCACGCAAAUCACGGGGAUGGCAUCAAGAAAUUUCUGCGCGAGAGCCUUAGAAGCACUAAUGUUGAGGUUAUCCAGCAUGGGGCCUGCCUAGGUCUUGGUCUUGCAGCUUUGGGCACUGCUGACAGUGACAUCUUUGAAGACAUAAAAAAUGUGUUGUACACUGACAGUGCUGUUGCCGGUGAAGCUGCUGGAAUUAGCAUGGGUUUACUACUGGUUGGCACUGCAAGUGAGAAGGCUGGCGAAAUGCUCGCUUAUGCACAUGAAACCCAACAUGAGAAGAUUAUUAGGGGUUUGACCUUGGGAAUAGCACUUACAGUCUAUGGCAGAGAGGAAGAAGCCGAUGAACUGAUUGAGCAGAUGACUCGCGAUCAGGAUCCCAUAAUACGUUAUGGUGGCAUGUAUGCUUUGGGCUUGGCGUACAGAGGAACGUCCAGCAAUAAAGCCAUACGUCAGUUGCUGCACUUUGCCGUGUCAGAUGCCAGCGAUGAUGUCAGGCGGACUGCUGUUCUUGCCCUUGGGUUUGUGUUGUAUUCUGAGCCCGAACAGACCCCUAGAAUUGUUUCUUUAUUGUCAGAGUCCUACAAUCCACAUGUUCGGUAUGGUGCUGCACUGGCAGUCGGGAUUUCUUGUGCGGGCACUGGUCUCAGUGAGGCCAUAUCGUUGCUGGAGCCUCUUACAUCAGAUGUUGUUGACUUUGUUCGUCAAGGUGCUCUAAUUGCAAUGGCGAUGGUGAUGAUCCAGAUCAGUGAAACUAGUGAUUCUCGUGUUGGUACUUUCAGGCGGAAACUGGAAAAGAUUAUACUAGGCAAGCAUGAAGACACAAUGAGCAAGAUGGGUGCAAUUUUAGCCUCCGGAAUUCUAGAUGCUGGUGGAAGGAAUGUGACCAUCAAGUUGCUUUCAAAAUCGAAACACGACAAAAUUACGGCAGUUGUUGGUCUUGCUGUGUUCAGUCAGUUUUGGUACUGGUACCCACUUAUAUAUUUCAUAAGCCUGGCAUUUUCACCAACUGCCUUCAUAGGUCUGAACUAUGACCUGAAAGUGCCAAAGUUUGACUUCCUGUCACAUGCAAAGCCUUCAUUGUUUGAAUACCCUAAGCCUACAGUUGUGCCUACCACUACUUCAGCUGUUAAACUACCUACAGUGGUUUUAUCGACAUCAGCAAGGGCCAAGGCAAGGGUCAGUAAGAAAGAGGCUGACAAGGCCGAGACAAGUUCUGGCAAGGCUAAAAGUUCUGGCGAGGACAGUGACUCCAUGCAGGCUGAUACCACCACUCCGGAGAAGAAAUCUGAACCCGAGCCAACAUUUGAAAUUCUGACCAACCCAGCCAGGGUGGUCCCUGCCCAACAAAAAUUCAUCAAAUUCCUCGAGGAGAGCAGAUACAUCCCAGUGACAUCGGCCAGCUCGGGAUUUGUGCUUCUGAAGGAUUUGCGUCCGAAUGAUCCCGAAGAAUUAAUCCUCACCGAUGCUCUCCCAUCAACAACGGCAUCGAAUGCCGGGCAGCAUGGAUCCUCUGCUGCUGCUAUGGCUGUGGAUGAUGAUGAACCUGAACCCCCGAGACCUUUUCAGUACACAUCGUGA